AUGGAAACACUUUUUUACUGGCAGGGUGGUCAAACUCUGAAACAUGUUGCCAGGGGAGAUUGUGGAGACUUCAUCCUUCGAGAUAUUAAAAACCUGAGUGAAUGUGGUCCUGGGAAACCUGCUGUAGCUGACCCUGCUGGAACAGCAAGGUUUGCGCUAGCAUUGAGGAGCCGUAGGCCUGUGGUGGCAUCUUCGACAUCUUCAUUGGAACCGUACACAAAGAAUGCCACAGAAAAGACGUCUGGAAGAGUCUGUAGUCUAAACAGCCAGACAGUAGCACACAAGGAGAGACUGCGAAUGUCCUGGAGGUUGCAUCAACAAUUUGAAAGCUAUAAAGAGCAAGUAAGAAAGAUAGGGGAAGAAGCCCGCCGUUACCAGGGAGAGCACAAGGAUGAUGCUCCAACAUGUGGAAUCUGUCAUAAAACAAAGUUUGCAGAUGGUUGUGGCCAUUUAUGCUCUUAUUGCCGGACCAAGUUUUGUGCUCGAUGUGGAGGUCGUGUCUCUCUGCGAUCAAACAAUGAGGACAAAGUGUACAGGAAUACUGUUCCUUCUCAUUGUGGAUCACAUUCAACAGUGCCUGUAAGAGUUAUGUGGGUAUGCAAUUUAUGUCGAAAGCAACAAGAAAUCCUAACGAAAUCUGGAGCGUGGUUUUUUGGAAGUGGACCGCAGCCCUCACCCAGCCAGGACGGAACGCUGAGUGACACAGCGACUGGUGGCAGCUCAGAUGCACCAAGAGAAAAGAAAGCCAGGCUGCAGGAGCGAUCGCGAUCGCAGACGCCCCUAAGCACAGCAGCUGCCUCUUCACAGGACAGCUCUUCUCCCAGCGCGCAGGCAGAUCGGAGGAAAGGAGCAGAGGUGUCACAGCCAGCUAUGGGCCCGGACCAAAAGCCAGUUUCAUCAAGGUCUAGGAGUGAACCUCCAAGAGAGAGGAAGAAAACAACAUUGGUUUCAGACCAGAAUGGCAAAGGUUUAAAGAGUGAGCGUAAGCGUGUGCCAAAAUCCUCACUUCAGAAAGAAGGACCAUCAGAUGACAGGGAUCGUAAGGAACGGCAUGAAGGUAGAAGGCUGGAAAAAGGCAAGUCUCAGGACUACCCAGACUUGCCAGAGAAACUUGAGGAAGGGAAAGUGCCUGAUGAUGAAACCCAAAGGAAGGAAGAUGAAUAUCAUACUCGUUACAGGAGUGACCCCAAUCUGGCAAGAUAUCCUGUAAAACCACAUCCUGAGGAGCAGCAGAUGCGCAUGCAUGCGAAAGUUUCUAAAGCACGUCAUGAGAGAAGACACAGUGAUGUAGCUUUGCCACACACAGAAAUGGAGGAGGCGGAGGUACCUGAGAAUAAAUUAGGAAAACGCUCACAAGUACAGGGAACUCAGGACAGAAAAUCUCUUGUGGAAACUCAGAGGUCGUACUCUAUAGACAGAACAGGUGAUGUAAGAAUUUCUGUUUCUAAACAAUUAAUUAAUCAUAGCCCACCAACUCCCAGGCAUAGUCCAGUUCCUAUAGAACACAUAGAAUACAAGAACCACGAGUCCUUUAGAAAACAGAGCCGCCUUGAUCCUAGCUCUGCUAUUCUCAUGCGAAAAGCAAAGCGGGAGAAAAUGGAGACCAUGCUAAGGAAUGAUUCCCUUAGCUCUGACCAGUCGGAAUCAGUGCGGCCAUCCCCUCCAAAGCCUCAUAGAGCAAAAAGAGGCGGAAAGAAAAGGCAGAUGUCAGUUAGUAGCUCAGAGGAAGAAGGGGCAUCAACACCAGAAUAUACUAGCUGUGAAGAUGUGGAGAUAGAAAGUGAAAGUGUCAGUGAAAAAGGUGACUUGGAUUAUUACUGGCUGGAUCCUGCCACGUGGCACAGCAGGGAGACAUCCCCCAUUAGUUCGCAUCCCGUAACGUGGCAGCCUUCUAAAGAAGGAGAUCGCUUAAUUGGGCGUGUUAUUCUUAACAAGAGAACAACCAUGCCAAAAGAAUCAGGUGCACUACUGGGGCUGAAAGUUGUUGGGGGAAAAAUGACAGAAUUAGGAAGACUCGGUGCCUUCAUUACCAAAGUGAAGAAAGGUAGCUUGGCUGAUGUGGUGGGGCAUCUCAGAGCAGGGGAUGAAGUUCUAGAAUGGAAUGGUAAACCCUUGCCUGGAGCUACAAAUGAAGAAGUUUACAACAUUAUUUUAGAAUCAAAAUCAGAACCUCAAGUUGAAAUUAUUGUUUCAAGGCCUAUUGGGUAA